CGGUCAGUUGGCCAGUUGAAGCAAGAGAGAAGUGUUUUUCUCUUCGAGGGAGCAAAAUUAGCAAAUGCUUCGCCGAGCCAAAUGUAUGUCCAUAUUGCUCAACCUCAACCUGAGGCAUCUGCGGUUAACUGGGACACCUUCCAUUCGUCACUAUGUUCGCAAGAGGGAAGACGACGACUACGUGAAUAAACGACGAAGAAAUUCCAAGGACGGACAGGAAGACCAUCAUCAUCUACACUUGCAUAAGAGCAGAGGCCAACAUAUCCUCACCAACCCUCGAGUUCUUGACUCUAUCGUCCGCAAGGCCGACAUCAGGCCCUCCGAUACUAUCCUUGAAAUCGGCCCUGGCACUGGCAAUCUCACCCUCAAGCUCCUUGAGGCUGCUCACAAAGUUGUUGCCAUCGAAAUCGAUAAAAGGAUGAUUGAUAUCCUCUGCAAUCGAGUCGCCCAGUGUGGGUUCCAAGACAAGCUCACUGUUAUAUAUAAAGAUGCGCUCAAGACUGACUUCCCACAAUUCGAUCUCAUCGUUGCCAAUAUCCCAUACGGGAUAUCUUCACCUCUCAUCGCCAAAUUUGUGUUCGAAGGCCAACCCUUCAGGAGCGCCACGCUUCUCCUUCAGAAAGAGUUCGCUCAACGGCUGUUAGCCAAGCCUGGUGACUCUGCUUUCAAUCGCCUGGCCGUCAACGUCAAGCUGGUGGCCGACGUGGAAUUCAUCAUGAACGUCAGCAAGAAGGACUUCAUCCCCUGUCCCAAAGUCGACUCUUCUGUCGUCAAGAUCCGCCCCAAGGCUACAGUCCCAGAGGUGGAUAUGGAUGAAUGGUUGGCUUUCACUCGAACGUGUUUUAGCAAGAAAAACAAGACGCUGGGAGCCACGUUAAAGCAGAAGAAGAAAGUGUUUGAACUGCUGAAGAUAUCUCAACUAAUUGAUACAUUUGCAAUCUCGCAGAGAGACAACGCUGUUGCCACCAAGUACGAUUAUGAUGGCAAUGGCGAUUGCAAUGAAGAAGAAGAAGACGAGGAAGAGGAGGAGGAGAACGGAGAGGGUUGUUCUUCAUCAUGCCUUUCUGAAACAGAGAUGGGUUUAUUCAGAGAGAAGAUCGUUGGGGUUCUAAAGGCAGGUGGGUUUGAGGGGAAGAGACCUUCCAAACUGUCCCAUGAGGAAUUAUUGGGUUUGCUUUCCCUACUAAACCAGGCAGGAAUCCAUUUCAACGGCCGACCGAAGGUGAAUCUGUGAAGCCUAUAAAAUGUAUAACAGAUUUGGAA